GAACGAUAGCAGGGAAACGGCUAUAAAAAUUGCUUUAUGAGAGACUGUCAGCCCAGUCAACGGUUCAUUCAUCACUUUUCGCCGCGCUCUAGUAGAACUUUUAGCAACAUUAAGGAACCGACCAGUAUUACGCGCUAUCCCAAAAAUUCUUGUUACACCCUUAAGACGUUCUUAUCAUUUCCAAAAAGCGGCAACGCAAUAAGCAACAAGUGUUCCGGAAUUCACAAUUACGAAUACAGAGCGGAAAGGCACAAGCACAAAACAGAGCUCCUCAGUUGAAAGCAGCUUUGUUUACAAUACGGUACCGUUCCGUACGAAUCUCGGCUCAAGAACGUGGCAUAUUUCAGCGAGCAUCUGCCUGCGCAGCAAAGUAAACAAUCAACAGACAUCAAGACACCGGACUGGGGAAACAAUUAAUAAACUCGUUUUCCGUUGCACUGUGAUAGCACGCGAGUAAAUCACAGGGCCGAUACCAGCCGGAGACGAGCACCAAGCAGCAAGAUGAUUCCCGGCUAUGGACCAGUAACACAGGCCCUUCUGGGCACCCUCCUCACUUGGGGCCUGACGGCCGCUGGCGCCGCCCUAGUGAUCUUCGUCCGUGGCAACCAGAGGAGGUCACUGGACGCCGCCCUGGGAUUCGCAGCGGGCGUGAUGAUUGCGGCCUCGUUUUGGUCGCUUCUCAAGCCAGCCAUUGAGAUGGCGGAGGGCUCGCACUUGUACGGCGUCUACGCCUUUCUGCCAGUGGCUGGCGGCUUCCUCCUGGGAUCCAUUUUCGUCUAUGGCUGCGACAAGCUGAUGUCCUAUCUGGGUCUCAACAGCACCAACAUGAUGAUCCAGAUGACGCAGAGCAAGGACAAGGCGGAGAUUGCUAUCGAUGACCUAAAGAAAAACGGAGCCAGCGACAGGUUGGCAUCGAAGAGCCUGGACAGCUUCUCGGACUGCCUGAGCGUGCAGCACAGUGGGGAGUCGCGUCGCAGGAAGAAGGGAAGCAUCGCCGAGGUGGAGCAGUGUACCUAUACAACCACCGAGGAGCAGCGGGCCGCCCAGGAAGCCCUGUCGCAGUGGAAACGCAUCAUGCUGCUGGUGGUGGCCAUCACAGUGCACAACAUUCCCGAGGGAUUGGCCGUGGGUGUCAGCUUUGGAGCUAUUGGGACGACAAACUCCUCCACGUUUGAGAGCGCCCGCAACCUGGCCAUUGGCAUUGGCAUCCAAAACUUCCCAGAGGGCUUAGCCGUCAGCCUACCCCUUCACGCCGCCGGCUUCAGUGUGAUGAGAGCUCUGUGGUAUGGACAGCUAUCGGGAAUGGUGGAGCCCAUCUUCGGUGUCCUGGGAGCUGUGGCCGUAACCUUUGCCAAUCUGAUCCUGCCGUACGCCCUGUCAUUUGCGGCCGGAGCCAUGAUCUACAUCGUUUCGGACGACAUCCUGCCAGAGGCACAUGCCAGCGGCAACGGAACCAUCGCCACAUGGGGCACGGUCUCUGGAUUCCUGAUAAUGAUGUGCCUGGAGGUGGCGCUGUCGUGAGAACACUAGUGCAAUUCAAGGAUUCCACUGUACUUAACGCUUGUAAAUAGAAGCAGGCACUGUACAAAUCUCAGAACUAGAAGCCUCUUCGAGAAUCUAAUACUUUAGCGUAGAUUGUAAGUUUUUUAGAAAGAAUAGUGCUGAUGUGGUGGCAUCUGUGCAAUUGUUAUGUAUGUAUCUGAGUACUUGGCCAGCGAGUUAUGUAAAUGACGAGCAGAACGAUUUGUGUUCUGGGAACCAUUGUAAACAAACGUGCAUGUGAAUUAGGUUUUAAGUUGUCACCAGAGUCCAGGGCGUCUUUUUAAACUGUCUAAUGUUUAAGCAAUAAACAAAGCGCAUUCAAAUGAGCAUCCAA